AUGAGGCUCCCAAAGAUCCUGCCUGAGGCUCAGACAGGUUCUCUGAAGUCACAGACUGUCAUCUGGACAUUUCUUGUUUCUUUGUGCCCCUCUGCAGGAACUGGGAUCCUGUCAUCACAGCCAGAAGAAAAUCCCCACUGGUGGAAUGCAAACAUGGUAUUCAUCCCUUAUUGCUCAAGUGAUGUUUGGAGCGGUGCCUCUUCCAAGUCUGAGAAAAAUGAAUAUGCCUUCAUGGGAGCACUGAUCAUUCAGGAGGUUAUAAAGGAGCUGGUGGGAAAAGGUCUUAGCACUGCAAAAGUGCUGCUGCUAGCAGGGAGCAGUGCCGGAGGGACAGGGGUGCUCCUGAAUGUGGACCGGGUGGCGGAGCAGCUGGAGGAGAUGGGCUAUCAAGGGAUUCAGGUUCGAGGCUUGGCAGACUCCGGGUGGUUCCUGGAUAACAAACAGUAUCGCAGAACUGACUGUAUUGACACCAUAACGUGUGCUCCGACAGAAGCCAUCAGAAGAGGAAUCAGGUAUUGGAACGGUGUCGUCCCUGAGCGCUGUAAGCUGCAGUUUAAAGAGGGAGAGGAAUGGAAUUGCUUUUUUGGAUAUAAGAUUUACCCCACUCUUCGAUGUCCAGUCUUUGUUGUCCAGUGGCUCUUCGAUGAGGCCCAGCUUACUGUAGACAACGUUCACCUCACUGGCCAGCCUGUUCAGGAGGGGCAGUGGCUCUACAUCCAGAACCUGGGUAGGGAGCUGAGAAACACCUUGAAGGAUGUGACCGCCAGCUUUGCUCCUGCCUGUUUGUCUCAUGAGAUCAUUACACGCAACCACUGGACAGACAUCCAGGUGAAGGGGACGUCGCUGCCCCGGGCCCUGCACUGCUGGGACCGCAGCCUGCACGAGAGCAACAGGAACGGGAAGGCCCCUCUGAAGGGCUGCCCCAUCCACCUGAUUGACAGCUGCCCCUGGCCCCACUGCAACCCCUCGUGCCCCACCAUCAGGGACCAGUUCACAGGGCAGGAGAUGAACGUGAUCCAGUUCCUCAUGCACAUGGGCUUUGACGUUCAGAAGAUGGCACAGCAGCAGGGCCUGGAGCCCAGCAAACUCCUGGGGAUGCUCAGCAGUGGGAACUAGGGCGGGGCUGCGUGCGGGCAGAGGUCGGGGCGGGCGGGGACUCGGCCCUUCUCCCACACUUCGUAAUCUCCCUCAGCUCACGCAGGCAGACGCACGCUCACACCCACGCAGGCUCCAACCUGUACACACCCACGUGCUCCCACACUCUUGCACACUUAGGAUGUGUCAAGAAACCAAAAAAACCCAAUUUUUCGACUGGAACUUGUUACCUCCAAACUCCAGGGCUCGGUUUUGGCCAUUCACAUCAUCUUCCUGUGGUACACAGGGCGGUCUGAUACAGGGAGUAGCAAAGCCAUAAGUAGCAGCAAUGAGAAUGUUCCCCAGGUCUAGGACUUCUUCCCUUGCCAUGAAUUUUACAUCAUAGACUUGAUACAAGUGGUGAAAAAAGCAAGCACUGGAUUUCCUUUGUCCAACCAGAAGUGAAGGAAUGGUUACGUGGCGUCCUGGAGGUCAGCAUCUCGUGAUGAGUCAUACGUCAAACCCAGGACACGUGCUAGGGAUGGACGCUCUUGUACUCAAUUUACUUUCGUAUUAUUUUAUAAAAUGACUUUUUUAUUACUUUUUUUUAAACUAAGCAAGAAAUAUAAAUGAUAUUGUUUUGUAACAUAUUUUUUUUAAAUAACGAAGAAACCUCUUGCUACUUUGGCAAUGUGGACAUAUUUAUUUUAAUAUGUAAAACGCUAUUUAUAAGGGCUGACCAGAGAACCAUACAUAUGUCUUUGUAAAGUUGUAUAUGCUGCUCGUUUGAUGGGUUAUCCGGUUGAUCACUUGUGCCUGGGAGGGGGCUGAGGGUGGUAUUGGCAUUUUGUAUCAAUUAGACUUCUGUGUUCCCCUUGCAGUGUGCUUUGUUGUUGUUUCUCUGAUGGAGAGGUUGUAACGCGAGUCUGAGUACAGAGACUUUCACCCAG